AAAUAACAAAACAAAACCCUAAAAUAGAGUGAAGAUGAAGUAGUACCCUAAAUCCGAGAGAAAAAGUUCAGGUCACGAAUCAUGAAUUCUUUAAUCUAGAAUUCUUUAAUUUACUUGUGCAUCACGAGUCUAGUAAUUUUCAAUAAAUUAAAAGAUAUUAUCUCACACUGAAGCAUCUUCCUCAAAGUCAAAGAUUGAAGUGCUUGCUGGCUUUCAAGGUCCUCUUCCUUUUGAACUUGAAACAGGAUAUGUGGGGUUGGGAGAAACAGAUGAUGACAUGCAAGUGUUCUACUAUUUUAUCAAGUCAGAGAACAAUCCUCAGAAUGAUCCUCUUAUACUAUGGUUAAGUGGUGGUCCUGGUUGCUCUUCUUUUUGUGGCCUUGUCUUACAAAUAGGUCCAAUUGCAUUUGAAAUCAAGGAGUACGACGGGAGCGUGCCUAGUUUGGUCUUGAGGCCACAAUCCUGGACUAAGGCAUCAAACAUUAUUUUUGUAGAUUUGCCACUUGGAACUGGUUUCUCAUAUGCAAAAAAUGUAACUGCUCACCGAAGCGACUGGAAAUUAGUUCACCAUACACAUCAAUUUCUUAGGAAGUGGUUGAUUGAUCACCCUGAAUUUCUUUCAAAUAAAUUCUACAUUGGAGCUGAUUCAUACUCAGGCAUUCCUAUCCCCGCCGUUGUUCAAGAGAUUUCAAAUGGAAAUGAAAAAGGUCUCCAACCAUUGAUAAAUCUCCAGGGAUAUUUGCUGGGGAACCCCAUAACAACACGAAAUGAAAAAAACGAUCAAAUCCCAUAUGUUCACCAAAUGGGACUCAUCUCUGAUGAACUCUACGCGUCACUACAGAGAAAUUGCAAAGGAGAGUAUAUUGAUGUGGAUUCCAAAAAUGAGUUGUGUUUAAGAGAUGUCCAGUAUUUUCAAGAGUGCCUUUCAGGAAUUAAUAAACACAACAUUUUGGGUCCCUUGUGUAAAGAUGAUGAGCAUCUGUGGAGAAGAUAUUUAACUCAAGACAUGAAGACAUUUAGUUCUCAUCUCAAAGUGCCUGAAUUAAACUGCCAAAUUUAUGGUUCUUACCUUGCCAUUAAAUGGGCUAAUGACGAGCUCGUUCGCAAGUCAUUGCAUAUUCGAGAGGGAACCAUUGGAAAAUGGGAACGCUGUUACAGUAGUGAUUUUGAGAAAAAUAUUUCGGAUAGUUUUGAGUUUCAUGCAAACCUAAGCAAAAAAGGAUACCGCUCUUUGAUAUACAGUGGGGAUCAUGAUGUUGUUGUACCUUUCACGUCUACUCAAGCAUGGAUAAGGGCUCUAAACUACUCUAUUGUGGAUGAUUGGAGACCAUGGUUUGUAAAUGGUCAAGUGGGAGGAUACACAAGGACUUACUCGAAUCAAAUGACGUUCGCAACUGUGAAGGGUUCAGGACAUACAGCUCCUGAGUACACUCCAGAGCAAUGUUUUGCUAUGUUCACUAGGUGGAUAUCUUAUUUGCCUUUGUAAAUUAACAAUUAAAAUGUCUUCAAUCUGGUUAUCAAUGAGAUGUUCAUUUUUCGACGAUGCACUUUUUUAAAUUAUCAGUAUUUAAAAAUUGUGUACUAUUUUGUCUUUAAUUAUAAUCACAUUUUUGAAGAAAAAAAAUUGUCUCUAAAUAUAAUCUUUUUUCA